AUGAAGACAACACUUGCGGAACUAUGUCCAGAUAUUUGGCAACAGAUAUUUGAGUAUUUUGAUCCUAUAGAAUUAUUUUACAGCCUCGUACAUGUAGCUAUUGCUGCUGAUGAAGUUUUAUUUGCUAAAGCUCAUCAUUUGCGCUUACAACGACUUGUCAUUGAUCCUUAUGUUAAGAUUCUUCCAAAAGAACUCCCACUCGAUCGAAUUGUCUCGCUCGAAUUGCGCCAAGAUUUUUAUCUCGACAUAACUGAAGAAUGUUUAAAUGUUCGUUCACUAAAACUUCGUGGACAGCCUACAUGGGUUGUUAGUAUGCUUCGAAAAGUAUCAUCUACCAGUAUAAAACUCGAUGAAUUAGUUUUGAUCGUGCCUGGUAUUCGUUAUUUGUACGUUCUGUUGGAAUGUGCCACAUCUCUAUUGUCGUUGCAUCGUUUGUCGAUUCAUGCAAAUGAAUGGGAAGAAAAAAUACUAAAACGUAGUCUAUCGGCAAGACCGUCGAAAAUUGAAUAUUUUCGUCUGGACACAUGCUCACCUAUGACCUGGGUUGAAUUAUCAUGCAUGCUUUCUAUUCUGUUCAACGUUCGUUCUCUUGAUAUUACUCUUCUUGGUGAUAGCAAAGAUUCAUAUUUCUGCUUUACUUUUCCAAAACUUUGUUACAUUUGUCUAAGACUAAUAGAAAUUUCAUUUGAAACGGUGAUUCAGAUUGUGAAAGCAACGCCUUCUCUCACGAAACUUAAAUUGAAUGGUUUUGUACAGACAGACGGUUUUGUUAUCAAUCAUAACUGGCUCAAAUUAUUUGAGUAUUGUUUUUCUCUUAAUACAAUUAUCGUCAAUCUGUCAUUAGAAAAAGGCACCGACUACUUUUGUAUUCACACGAGUCAAACCAGCUUACGUGAAAUCAAUCUCCGUUUGACAUGUAUUGAAGAUGAUUAUGAUUAUUAUUCAGAUGGAAGAAAUCAGCAGCGUUGGUGGGCUUUGUCAGGAAUAAUUAAUAAAUAA